AUGUUUCUAAAAAGCGGUCUAUUAGAAAAGUAAAGAGUGAAUUGCACAGAGAAAUGAGGGGAUGGAGAUGUUACGUUGCGUCUGUUGCUUAGACACAAUGGAAAUCAUGAACAUGCCAUAGAUUAGCAAUAGCUAUCAUAUUAUUUAACAUCGUUUAAAAUGUUUACAACUUAUUUAACCACACAAUAGGCGCGUUGCUGUCUUAUAUCGCUUGUUACAUUCUUCUGCAGUCACUUGGCAACAGAAACCACCCACAACCUUUAACCCGCGGCAGUCAACUGUGGAUCAACAGAUUACUUCUGAACUAACUUUUUUACCGACUCCUGUUUCGCUUUGAUCAGAUGUCGUUCUGCCUGGCGGAGCUUCACUUUUGGUCCUUAAGGAGCAGCCUGCAAGUCCAGGAUAUUGGCACACACCAAUUCUAUGAAAAAGGAGAAACAGUGUGUCCUUCAGAUCAGCAUUACUACAAUGAGAAACAGCAGUUUGCAGAAAGUCGGGGUUACCCGUGGUUCCUUAGUAACCGUCGUCCAGAGAAGCUGCGUGAUGCCCUAAAGGAACUGGAGGAGCUGCUGCAGUCAAGUCCGAUUCUGAGCGUUCGAUGGAGAGCGAAGCAGUGCUGUCAGAUGCUGCUGAGACCAGGUGUAUUGGUGACCCUCAUCCUGGGCGGAGCUCAGGUUGAACGGGUGGCCAUUGACAGAACGCUAGUGGGGCGACUUCCUGCUGACACCAUCAGUGAUGCGGUGAUCGGAGAUCGCUUCCUGCUGUUCUCGUUGAUGGAGAGGAGUCAGGUGUGUCAGGUGUACCUGAACAGGAAGAACCAGAGCUCACCUGAGCUAGCAAGACAUAUGGAAAAACUCACAGUUGCAGAGAUUAAGGUUUCAGUAGUGGAUGUGCCAGGCGGAGGCCGCCGCGCUGAGCGCCGGAUGAGGCUGAACCAAGGUCAAGAUGUGGCUGUGUGCUGGUGGCCGCUUUGUCACGAGGACGUUAGACCUUGGUCUCCCAUUCCUAGUGCGGUGGACAGAGCCAACCUGGUUCUGCUUGCUUGCUCGGAUACUCCUGGGCUUACGGUCUUGAGCUCUAUCCGAACUGACAGAAACCCCAUAGACUGCAGAUUCAGCCUAACUCAACCCUACCAAAUCCUCACUGUGGAACUGCACCACGAGGCCAAUCACUCAGCGUCUGAGCUGCAUGAGGAGGCCCAACCACUUGAUGUUCAUACCUGUAUCUAUGAAUGUGCUCGUGGGCAUCUCCAGCAUUUGUCCAGCACUCCUGUACCCCUCACUUCCAAACCUAUAACCUGUCAUUAUGACCCAUUAGAGCGCUGGGUUCUCCUGGGGCUUCAGGACUGCUCUGUGGUUCUUUUUGACAGACAGACAGGCCUCUCCCAGUGGGCCACCUGCUCCAUGAUGCCUUCUCUGCUAGCAUGGCACCCUUCAGGAGGUUUACUGAUGGUGGGCGGAGGUCAAGGGGAGCUCCAGUGCUUCGACAUGGGGCUGUCACCCCUCCCUUUGAAGAAAGUGAGUGAGGAGCCGGCCCCUGAUUCUCUAGGUACCAGUCUUCAGCUGUCCCGCAACAUGAAGAUCUCAAGUGGUCUGGAGGGUAUCCAAUGGGCCGGCUGUCCGGUAUCGCAGGGAAAUGAGGGUCUGGAAACCCAUGAUCUACUUCUGCUUUGGUUUCAUGGAGGGCCGCUUGCUACUCUGAGACUAAGACUUGGUGUGUUUAAUGGAGGUCAGCUAGGCCCAAGUGAACUGGUACAGCACCGUUUGCGCUGUGGAGAGGUGGACGCGGCGCUGGGAAUUCUGGGUAAUAUGGACUGGGCCAUGAUGGGAGCUGAAUGUUAUCGGUCACUUAUAUCCAUCACAGAUCACCUGCUGAGGAAACCGCUGGACCACCAGAAUGAAGGCCAGUUAGAAGCAGCUCUGGGGAUGUUUUAUGCCCCAUCGAGACCCCUGUCAAACACUGUCAUACUGGAAUACAGAGACCCCAUAAGCAGAUAUGCAAGGAGGUUCUUUCAUCAUCUUCUCAGACAUCAACGGUUUGAAAAAGCCUUCCUGCUGGCUGUGGAUAUCGGAGCCAGGGAUCUAUUUAUGGACCUCCAUUACGUGGCAGAAGAUAAGGGAGAGCUGGUGUUAGCCGCUGUAGCCAAGAAGAAGGCUAAUGAAAUAGACGCAGAGGCACAAACAUCAGCACCAGAUGAUGGUCUGUCAACAUCCAGUGGAGUUAAACUACUACCAGCCAGGAGCGAGAAAGAUACACCUACCACGAAACACUCAAGUAAGUCUAGAGAAAUGUCGACCUCUGAGACUCAGGAUGACCUCUCUAACAUCCUAACAAGUCAACACAAGUGGCCUUGGAGAAACACAGAAAUCAGUCUUGUUGACCAGGACACUGAGGUAAUUUUUUUUUUUAACACAAAGUGUGCUGUAUUGUUGUUGAAGCAUUAUUGACGGUCAUGUAAACGAUUUAUAUUCUGGCUCGUAAUUUUACAUAGCGUUGCACAGAAUGUUUCUCUUAAACGUACAAAUUUUGUUUGUAAAGAUAUUUUAGGCUCAAUUUUAUUUAAAAGUAACAAUCAUCGUGUGAAAUUCUUAUAUCUUGUGACAGGUUCCUGAGGCGAGUGGGAAACUCAAAGUUAUUCAUUUUGGUUUAGUGUAAAUAUUUUCAAUUACAUUUGUAAUACUAGAGCAGUUUAAAAAAAAAGUUAUUUCCAAGAAUAUCUGAAUGUGCUUUUUUAAUCUUAUUUCAAAUAAAAUAUAUUUUUGCUA